AUGGAGUUGCUGGAAUUCGGGCUCACCACCACCUAUUUCAUGUUUGGCGGACAGUUAUAUCAACAGAAGCUCGGCACGGCGAUGGGUAGCCCCGUAUCUCCAAUCGUUGCCAACUUAUACAUGGAAGAUUUAGAACAGACAGCCAUCAAUACAGCGUCUGAACAUAUCAAACCCAGAUUUUGGAAACGCUAUGUAGAUGACAUACUAGCGGUGGUUACCAAGGGAUCCACACGCAUCCUCAAUGAUCAUCUCAACUCAAUAGAUAUGUCCGGCAACAUACAAUUCACCUCUGAAGAAAUGGAAAACAACAGCAUUCCUUUCCUAGACACGAAGAUUGUGAGCAGAGAAGAUGGUACGAUAAAAACCGUGGUCUACAGGAAGAAGACCCAUACCAAUCAAUAUCUGAACUUUCAGUCUCACCACCCGUUAACUCACAAACUGGGCGUCGUCUGCACACUCGCUUGA